AUGGAUGUAGGAGAAAACAUCUUAAAAGGCUGCCAUUCAAACAUGACUAAAAGAGAAAGAGAAGCCCUCAAGGACUUGGCUCAAAAUCCAGACUUAGUCAUUAAAAAAGCAGACAAAGAUGGAGCUCUAGUGGUCCUAAAGAAAGAAAGUUAUAUAACAAUGGGCGAAGCACAUCUAUCAGAUACUGAAACAUACAUCCCUCUAGAUAACCCAGAGGAAGCCCUACAGGCAGUAAAAAGAGAAAGCAAGAUCCUAGUAAACCGCUUUUUUAACUUAGAUAACUCAGGGAAAAAUGGAGGAAAUAGAAGAAGUUUCCUGGCAGGUCAAAGAGACGCAUUACUAGAUCAUGAACCCAUAAUCCCCCACUGGUAUAUACUACCAAAAACCCAUAAGAAAAAAGACCCAGAUACAGGCUUAUGGCCAGGUAGACCAGUGUUAAGUGGAUGUAAUGCACCUACAAGACCCGUAGAUAGAUUGCUAACAACCUAUCUCACCCCCUUGCUGGACCUCCUACCUGAGAGAUUGCAAGAUACCACAGCUUUUCUAAAGAAAAUAACCACACUACCAAGGUUUCCUACAAACUCUAUUAUCUUCUCAUUUGAUAUAGUGUCACUGUACCCCUCCAUCCCACAGGAGGAAGCAUCUUGGAUUGUGGCAAAUUUCUAUGAAAAGAACUUUGCAUAUGUAAAGGAAAGAUUAAAAGCAGAAUAUAAUAUGAUAGCCCCACCCCCGUACCUAAUAAAAGAAGGAAUAGAUCAUGUCUUGCAAGGCACACUACUAAGGUUCAACAACCACUUCUAUAACCAAGGCAAAGGAACAGCAAUUGGAGCCUCAGUCUCAGUAGCCAUAGCUGAAAUCUUUGUACAUGCUAAGGCAGAACUCUUGGAAUACCACCAAGAGCUCAAUAAGAUACACCCAGAUCUGAAAUUCACAGUGGAAUAUAGUAAAAUGGAGCUGCCCUUCCUUGAUACUAUGGUAUACAUGGAUGCAGAAGGAAAAGUGCAAACCUCGGUGUACCAUAAACCUUCAAACACACACCAAUAUCUGCACUUCCAAUCAUGCCAUCCCCCAAGCCUCAAAAGAUCCUUACCAUACUCUCAGGCACUGAGAAUCAAAAGAAUAGUAAGAGUCCUAAACUACUCUCUAAAGGAAAUAUGGGAAUGGGUAAUAGAAAAUGCUGAAGGAACCCCAUGGGAAAACAAGUUUACGGCUCCACAUCCCAUGAUAGCUUGGAGAAAAGGAAAAACCAUAGCUGACUUUCUAGUCAGAGCACAAUUCCCCAGACCUCUUAAAACAUAA